AACGCGUCAUAUCUUCCAACUCGACCGCCGCUUCCUGGCCGGUCCAGGUCCAGGCCCAGGUCCAGGUUCCGGUCCAGGACUAAAAACCGUUAUCUCCGUUCAGCGGCUCCGCUCCCGUCCCGGUGCGUGGAGCUUCCGCCACGAUGCGUGAAUGAAGAGGCUGGAAAACGGAAAUCCUCCGCAGAAAACCGGGACCCGCUGCUCGUGUGAGGCCCGGAGCGUGGUGCAGCCUGACCUACAGCAGCCGAGGUGAUGGUGUUGGAUUCAGGUGAAGUCUUCAUGGAUCAGGUUAAGGGUGAAAGCGUCGGGGACCUGUUGAGGCCAAAUGUCCGAGCAGAUCCACCCAAAACCGACGGCAGCUCCGCCGCCAAGGCCGCUACACCGUCCAAAAGGAGCAGCGUCGCCAAGAGAGAGAAGGUUUCCCACAAUGGACUCCCGACUCAGACGAGCAGCAGCCACCCGGCAGAGAGGAGGUCGUCCUCGUUAAAAUGUGGUCCCACGCCUAGACCGCCGCUCCGCCGUCCCCUCAGCCUGGAGGUGACGCCCCAACGCCUUCGAGGGUCUCAGGAGCACAUGGCGGACAGGAGGAUCCUGCAGCCUCCUUGGCGGAGUGGUUCGGCCGCCCCCUCGCCCCCGGCUCGCAGCCUGACCAGCCCCAGCCUGGGAGCUGGCGGCUGGAUGCGUCGCAGUGAAAGCACCUGCUCUGUCAACUAUUCCCUAGGGAUGCGGGCCAGCAGGGGGCAAAUGCGACCCGCCACCUCCUUGCCUCACAUAGCUAAAGGCGUGGGAGGCACCUCGAUACCUACAUCCGGCAGGCCCUGCCUACUCGUGGCCCUCAGACCACUCAACCUGGAGCAGGAGAAACAGACCUUCUUCCAGUCUGACUACAAGUAUGAGCCUCAGUUUGAGUACGCACAGCCCGAACCCAGGGCCGUGCUGGACAAGUACCGAGAAGGCUCGGGCCUCUUCCUCGAGCAGGCGGUGGGAAUCAUGGAGUGUGUCCUGAGGAAGUUUGGCUCCUAUGAGAACUUUGAGGAGGUAACGGGUGGCAGCGUGCUCCCUAAAAGUCAGGUCUGGGCAGCUGUACGCAAAUACCUGCAGAAAGAAGGCUGUGUGGGAGAGGUCGUGGUGCGUCUGUCUGACGAGCUGCUGUCUCAGGCAGUGAUGGUGGUGGAGAGCUGUCGUCCCACUCUCACCAUCAACCUGGCCGGAGCUCGACAGCACUGGCUGGAGGGGAUGCUGAGGCACGAGAUCGGCACGCAUUAUCUGCGAGGCGUGAACAACAACCUGCAGCCGUGGGCCACGGCAGAAGGCAGGAAGCAGUUUGGCCUGAGACCAGCCAACCCCACGGAGGAGGGCCUGGCCAGCCUGCACAGCGUCCUGCUCCGGAAGCAGCCCUACCUGUGGCGGGCCGCCCUGCUCUACUACACCGUGUACCACGCCGCCAGCAUGAGCUUCAGCCGCCUCUUCAGUCACAUCGCGCGCUUCGUCCAGGACCCGGACGUCCGCUGGGAGUACUGCCUGCGAGCCAAGAGGGGACAGACGGACACCUCGCAGCCCGGCUGCUUCAGCAAAGAUCAGGUUUAUUUGGACGGGAUCCUCAGGAUUCUUCGCCAUCGCAGGAACAUCGACUUCAAGAUGCUGACUUCUUUAGGAAAGGUGUCCUACGAGGACGUGGAGAAGCUGCGACACCUGGCGACUCUCCCGCGGACCCGAAUCCCACAUUUCAUGCGAGACCCCGAGCGGUACCUUCAACAUCUGGACCACAUCGUCUCGGUCAACGAGCUGGACGACGCGGCGCUGCAGGAGCUGCUGCCCUGACCGGGUACAGACUGUACCACGGCCGCAUUAUCACUUCAGAUCUCCUCCAGUAUUAGAGAGAUUUUUUUCUUUUUAUAUAUAUAUAUAUAUAUAAAACUCUAACGAACAAAAAGGGACGCACACACUAACACCUCUGUCGACAUCUUCACUUGUGUCCGAUGCAUGUUUUUUGUGGCUUCUGCUCCACAGAGUUCGCCUUUUACUCCCACUGAGACGUUACCUCAACGCUGCAACCGUGCGAUGUAACCGACGUUAUCUAUGUAGACUCAUAAUCACAGGUUUAAACCUUCAUAAUCACGCUUUAUUUAUGCAAUUGUUUAUUUAUUUUGCAGAACAGACUGAAUGUCUCUGGUAUCAGCUUUAUACCUUCUUUUUAUUAGAGCGCGUUGUUUUAUGCCUUAGAUCGUUUGCAUUUAAAAACAAAAAUUACAAAAAAAAAAAAUUAAAAAAAGAGGGGGGACACCAAGGACAAAACAUUUCAAACCCCUGGGGAAGCUGAGGCCAUGAAUCUCUAAAAUAAAUAAAUCAAGUGCCAGCGGACUCAGUCAGUGUUUGGACUUUUCCCCGGGGGAAGUCUUCGAUAUAUCAGUGUUAUUAGGAAGAUAAUCAGCAGCGUUGUCUUAACCGUCCUUGGUGGACUUUCCCUCUUUCUUUCUAUAUCGAUAUGCUACUGUGACGUGAAAACCAAACUUUUGUUUUUUUUUGCAAUGU